UUGUCAAAAUAUUCAGCGUAAUAACUAAGCAAAUCCUUAAUAACAAACCCACUUGAAAAAAAGAAUCUAAUCCCUCAAUUUUUAUAAAGGAUAUGUCUCAAACUUUCAUUUGACACAUACAUUAGUUUAUUUAUCCUAUAUCCAUUUCUUUGAAUUUCUCUCUUCCUUUCUUCUUCCAUGUCCUGCAUAAGUUUAAGGCUUCCACCUGCUAGAAAGGUAUGGAAAAGCUUCACUUCAAAACUUGGUAGUAAACUUCACAACAUUCGUAAAUCCAAAACCAUGAAAAAACAAAGAAAACAUCAAAACACCAAAACUAUAAAACCAUCUACUACUUGUAUCACUGCCAAACCACCUAAGUUUCAUGCAACUAAGCGUUUUCGCCGAAAAAGGUUUGCAACUGUUAGAAGUGUAUUCUGCAGCUUCAACAAAAAGCCUGCACCUGUUUAUAUUGAUAAGCUCUUUAAAGAACCUCCUUGUGAUGUAGUAGGGUAUUUGAAGCCAGAGACACCAAAUUACAGACCAAGAAUCGAAAUAGCUGCGAAGAUCGAUGAUUAUCCGAGAGGGAAGAAAGAAGUGGCAGAAGGAUCAACAAGCAAGAGAUCAUGUGAGAAAACCAGUUCAUCAUCAGAUGAUAUGUGGGAGUCAGUGGCAUUAGCUUCACCUCAAAUGCAAGGAAUUGAUGAAAGAGCAGAGGAGUUUAUUAACAGGUUUAGACGGCAGAUGGCGGCGCAGGAGAGAUUAGCUAGGAAUUUGUAGUUUAUGUUCAUGUUUUGUAAUAAUAAUUAAUAAGGUGGAUUGAUUGGUGCGUAGAAACAAAGCAAGAAACAAAAUUCAUCUAGUUUAACCAAGGUAUUAGGUUCAAUCCCUGCUUGGGCGUUAAAACUCUUAGCCAGAGUUUGCCGUCCAUUUCGGUCACACAAGGCUCAAGGGAUUAGUCUCUGCAAUUGCAUGCAGAGGAUACCUGGUUUACGCCAAAAAAAAUCCAUCUUGUUUGUUUAGAUUUAAAGAAAACUGGCCUAGUAUUAAUUACAGGUCUUGUAGAUUAUUAAGGAUGAGUUCAUAUGGCUAUUCUAUCUAUGUCAAUUUUGCCCAUUA